AUGGUUAGUAGUCCACGUGGAGUGGCUGGCAGUUUGGGUUUCAUGACAGAGAUUAGGGACAAAAUUGGCUGCUUCAGAGACUUGCUUGAUUUCUCACCUUGCGCUGGCUCUGCUACUCUGCUUGAGCUGUUAGUGUUGACCCUUCAUGAUAUAUUCCAACGGUAUCCUGAGAUCAAACCGGCCUCAGAAUUUCAGGACGCGGACAUUCAUAAGGCUCUGAAAGUCUUCUGUAAUACUCUGCAAUCGCUUGGAGAUCUGUGGACAACGGAGAAGUGGAUGGUCCGAUGCAGAUAUGAUUCCUCAAUGAAAUUGCAACACUCUGAGUUAGAGCACAUCUCUGUGUUGAUGCUCGAAGACGUCAUUAAGCUAGCACGGGGGAGGCUGUGUGAUGAGAUGGAUGAUGUAGAUGACGACGAUAAUAUGAGUGACUACAGCCCUGCAGGAAAUGCAUUUUCAAAGGUGUUGUCUGCCUCUUAUUUUGAUAACAGAUCAUCGUAUUGUGGAUCUCCGAUGACUCCUACUUCGAUCCUUCAAGGAGCGUGGAACUCUCCAACUUGCUCGGAGAAGGGGGCGUCGUAUUCACCCCAUGAUCUCAUGUCGGCUAGAGGUGGGAAACUAAGCCCCAUGGACAUGAAGCGCCUCUCAUUCCAUAUGAUUCCUCAUGUAAUUGCUAUUUCCCAAGAUCCUAAAAACAUAAAUAAUUUGGAGAAGGAACAGAGAGAGCAUCAUGAUAUCAAUAAGGAUGAUGUGGUGGGAGGAAUGGAAAUGAUUGAUGUUGUUAUUCAUGAUUCUCAAAAUGAUGGUACAAGGAUUUCUUCUCUUGUAAGAAGACAUGGAAGAAACUUGAUUGGUGUUGGUGGAAAUCAGACAACUCCACACAUGAUGGUGAGGCCUUGUUUGCAAACACUUCUUGAGUUGCCUAUUCCACCACCACUCAUGACACCGAGCAAUUCGACAGUCGCACCCCCUCCACCACCGCCAUUGCCUCCGCCACUCAGUAGUACACCAAUCAGGUUGCCAGUGGCACCCCCUCCACCUCCACCUCCACCUCCUCCACUCACGAUGACCGCAUCAAAGGGAUACGAACCAGCUAUUCCACCGCCUCCUCCUCCACCCAUGGGUGCAUCAAACAGGCAGCCACCAUUGGCACCAACAUUAAACAGAUCAGCUCCACCACCCCCUCCCGGGCCUGCCUGCCUUAGUCCAAAGAAAUCAACAACCAAAUUGAAGAGGUCUUCACACAUGGGAAAUCUGUAUCGAACUCUCAAAGAUUCUCAAAAUGAUGGUACAAGGAUUUCUUCUCUUGUAAGAAGACAUGGAAGAAACUUGAUUGGUGUUGGUGGAAAUCAGACAACUCCACAUGAUGGUGAGGCCUUGUUUGCAAACACUUCUUGA